AUGCGGUUAUUAAUUCUGAGCUUUGGAUUAGCGUAUAUUUGCGAAGCCUCCAGAGGAGAUAAGUUAGUGAAAAAAAUUUCCAUGAAGUUUUUCAAAAUUUUUCCACGAAAGUCAAAAUUAUGAGAUUCUUGAAAGUUUAGUUAUAUUUUCUCGUUCUCUGACGGUUUUUUUUUUUGAGUUUUGCGGAACCUCUUUGAGCACUGUUUGAUGUGGUGAUUUUUUUUUAUCAGGAUAAAUUUUUAGCACGGUUUAUUAUCACCGUUGUACGAAAGAUUGUCGGGAAGCUCAUGACUGUCCAGAUUCGUUUUCGAGUUAUGGAUGGAGCUACGGGGAAUGCUUCAGGUUCGUCUUUGAUAGUCUUCAAGUUCUGUAAAGUUCAAAAUAAGAGAAAAAAAGCUUCUUUCAUUAUUUUAUGCAAAAAUCGUGUCAGGACUUUUUUUGAUGGCUCAACCCAGCCGUGAAUCAGCUAUACAUAUAUACUUAAAAAGACAAAAAUAUUUUGAUUUUAUCAAAAAAAUUAUUUCAUGCACCUAUUCCAGAUGCAAAAACAAGUGCAUGUGGGAGACCGUAGAAAUCUUCGAAAGGUAGGAGUUUUUGGGAAUUUCCAAAGAAUAAUUUCCGCAGUUAGCCACGUGGGGUACGUGCCGCAGUUCCACGGAAAAUGGCCCUUUGUCGCAAUCGACGUCGACUGUCCUUUCGGCUUCUUCCACUGUAUCAUUCAGGUUCAAUCGUUCUCUGUUGUUCUCUUUUCAAUAUUUGAAGUUUUCAAGGAACCAGCUUCGGUGGUCUUUUCCCUGAUGAACCUCAUGACCUUCACUUAUAUGGACACGCGAGUUCGGAACAUGAGGAACUUGGAAAAUCGCGACGCUUGGCUCGCUUUGACUCGCAUCGGAAUGGCUACUUGGUUUGAUUUCAAUCGAAAUUUUCUUGUUGGAGAGUUUGAAAAAGCAACGAAAAUUAGGCUCAAGGCUAAACUUUUCUAUAGUGUUAAAUUAAGGUUUAAUAUUUUAUGGCUUUUUUUUACAUGAUAGAUCUUAUGGGACUUAAAAGUUUUCAGUUUAUUGCAAAAUUAAUUUUAAAAAAAGACUGCGAGUUUGCGAGACAAAUCACCAAAGAUUUUGAACGCUUUUACGGGUUCAAUACGGGUACGCCCGCUCAGGUUUUUCAGAUAGGAUCAUAAGAUAAUUUUAGUAAAAGUGAUUUUCAAGGGUUUUUAGGGUUUCUUCGACGCUUUUUCAUGCACGCGAUUUCACUGUGACCGAAUAUAUGGACUAUUUCUCUGCGUUCGCCUUUGUUUUGGUCACAUUGUACACUUCCUUGAGAUUCGUCUAUCCACAACUUACCUACACGGGGAACGGCCGACGUUUGUGAGUUUUAACAGUCAACAAAAACCUCAAAUAAAAUAAUAAAGCCGGCUUUUUCGUUCGAUUCCAAGGAAUCGUUCGGAAAAAAAUGUAUCAAAAUCACUAGAGGGACCUUUUAACGCCUUAACAUUAAUUAUCUCUUGGAAGAUAAAAAAGCUCUAAAUUUCACCUGGUACAUGAGUUCAAUACUGAAAGCACUAAAUUUUUUUCAGGAACAAAUUCUUAAUAGCCGGCCUCAUCAUUUGGUACGUUGGUCACGUCUGCUUCAUGCUGGUGAGAUUCUAAUCUGUCAAAAGUUGCAUUAUUGACUUUUUUGUUCAGAAAAAGUUCCUUUACGGCUUCAACAUGGCUGUCUGUAUUGGCUGCUCGGUGGUCAGCGCCUUGGUCUACUGUUACCAUAUUUAUUCGAGGUUGUUUUUGAAGUAUUUUUCCAGGGAAUAUAGAAGGUUGAGUUGCGAUCAGAAUUUUUGUUUUAAUUUCUGAGCUGUUCUAAAAAAUUACCGUAUAUUUCUCUUCAAUAUUUGAAGCCUUGAUAUCAUGACCUUGAAAAAUUUUCAAGGUACCGCGACUACGGUAGUUUUCGACCUUCGGACAUUGCACUGAUCCGAGUUCUCGUGUGGAUGAACGCAGCUGUCGUCUUGGAAAUCCUCGAUUUCGUCCCCGUCUUUUGGAUCUUCGACUCUCACUCUCUGUUCCAUCUGGCGACCGUCCCUGUCCCUUUUUGGUACUGCGAUUUUCUCGAGCAACGCCAGUCCGAAAUGGUCGAUUUCACCAAGAAACUGGUCGAAGUCGACAAACGUGUCUGA